GGUGGGCGCGGGGCCCGGGCGGUCCCGAGGACCGGAAGCAGGAGGCGCCCGCACUCGGCCAGUUUCCCGCAGGAGUCCACGCGGCAGACCUACCGCGGCGUAGUGUGCUGGCUGUCAAUCACAGCCAACGGCUCGGGCCUGCUCUGGCAAAUAGCCAGAGCUGGGCCGAGAUCGGCCAGUGCUCGCAGCACCCCUGCCCCAAACCCCCAAAAGUUGCUGCGUUCACAGAUCUCCACGUGGCCAGCAGGGCUGGCCUCCCAGUCUAAGCAGGAAACACGUGUUCAGUGAACACGUGACCCACUGGAUGGGUGGCCCUGUGUUGAGCAUUAACGUGGGUUUGGGGGGUUCUCAUGGAGACGGGAUUUGGGGAGCCCUGCACACAGCUGGGGAGAGGACUUCAGGAAUUGCCUGCAGGCUGGGAGGUGUAUAAGACCACCAGGCAGAGAUUCUGCUUUGUCUACAGGCCUGAUAAUGGUACCCCCUCUACCAGCUGGGUGGUCCCCAGCUCCGUGUGUUCCGAACCAACUUCUUCAUCCAGCUGGUGCGGCCUGGUACUGCCCAGCCUGAAGAUACUGUGCAAUUCCGAAUCCCUAUGGAGUAAGAUGACCAGGGUGGACCUUCGGAAUUACCUUGAGCAAAUUUACAAUGUUCCUGUGGCUGCUGUGCGCACGCGGGUGCAGCAUGAUGAUAUCCUGUGCCUUACUGGAAAAUGGUUUCUAGACUGUAAGACUGAUCAGCGGCCAGGAUCUCAAGCAGGGUCUGCUGUCCCCUCACAGGCUCCAACAGGAGGAGGGACCACAAGAGUGUAAGGAUCAAGAAGCCAGACUACAAAGUAGCCUACGUGCAGCUGGCCCAUGGGCAGACCUUCACCUUCCCAGAUCUUUUUCCAGAGAAAGACCCCAGUCCUGCAGACCCUCUGGAAGAGG